GUUCGCGUAUGCCAUGGCUGGUGCGGCAUGUGAUCCGAGGUAGAUCGCUUUGAUGCGGCUCUUCACAUGAUGUGGAUGCCCUUGCCCCGGCCCUUCGUGAAGACACACGCCACGAUUUAUCUUCACCGUCCUCGUCUGGUCGUACAACACGCGUGAUCUCCAAGUAUACCACUUCUUCGUCCACCAUGGCUUCCCUCGCAAAGACCCUCCGGCCCUUGGCAAGAGCUGCACCACAAUGCACACGAGCAGCAGCGAAACGCUCCGCCUUUGCACGUCCAGCACAAGCUUCACGAUGUCUUUCAACCACUCCGAGCCGGCGCAACGAGCAGACGAUCGAUCUCGAGACACUACAGCCGACACCAAUCUUCCACCUAAACGAAGUCGAGGCUGCCAUGGCCGAAUCCGUGCAGAAGUUCGCCAACGAUGUGAUCCUACCCAAGGUGCGGGAUAUGGACGAGGCUGAGAAGAUGGACCCCUCGAUUGUGGAGCAGCUGUUUGAGCAAGGCCUCAUGGGUGUCGAGAUCCCAGAAAAGUAUGGUGGCGCGGGCAUGAACUUUACGGCUGCGAUUGUAGGCAUUGAGGAACUUGCCCGAGUAGAUCCCAGUGUCAGUGUCAUGUGCGAUGUGCACAAUACGCUGGUCAACACGACUGUCAUGAAAUACGGCACAGAAGAGAGCAAGAAGAAGUGGCUCCCAAGGCUGGCCACGGAGACUGUGGGUUCUUUCUGCUUGUCAGAGCCAGCUUCAGGUUCGGACGCUUUCGCUAUGAAGACCAAGGCGGAGAAGACAUCGGACAGCUACAUCAUCAAUGGCAGCAAGAUGUGGAUCACAAACUCCAUGGAGGCUGGCUUCUUCAUCGUCUUCGCCAACUUGUUCCCAGAGAAGGGCUACAAGGGUAUUACCGCUUUCAUUGUUGACAAAGAGAACCCUGGGCUCAAGAUCGCGAAGAAGGAGAAGAAGCUGGGUAUCAAGGCUUCUUCAACUUGCGUGCUCAACUUUGACGACUGCAAGAUCCCUCUUGGGGACUUGUUGGGCAAGGAGGGUGACGGAUACAAGUAUGCGAUUGGUAUCCUCAAUGAGGGCCGUAUCGGUAUUGCUGCCCAAAUGACAGGUCUCGCUCUUGGUGCCUUUGAAAACGCCGCCAAAUACGUCUGGAACGACCGCAAGCAAUUCGGUGCCCUCGUUGGCGAAUUCCAAGGCAUGCAACAUCAACUCGCCCAAGCCUGGACCGAAAUCACAGCCGCACGAGCUCUCGUAUAUAACGCCGCACGAAAGAAGGAAGCCGGUCAAGACUUCGUCAUGGACGCCGCAAUGGCGAAAUUGUACGCUUCCAACAUUGCCGGUAAGGUCUCCGGCCAAGCCAUCGAAUGGAUGGGAGGUAUGGGUUUCGUGCGAGAGGGACUUGCAGAGAAGUACUGGCGAGACAGCAAGAUUGGACAAAUUUAUGAGGGUACAAGCAAUAUCCAAUUGACGACGAUUGCGAAGUUGUUGCAGAGGCAGUAUACGCAAUAGAUUACUUCUUGCGGGAAUGAGGUUAUGAACGGCAUUGCCAUAUGUGUGUAUAUAACUGAUUAUGUACGAAAGAAAAGUAAAAUGCGAGUUGACCUCACAAUGCUUCAGGAAUCAGAUGUCUCA